AUGCCUCGGAAACCGUGGGUUGUCCGGGCCAAGGAGCACCCCGGUGCGACCUUUGACGAGAUCCAGGACGAGCCCGCCUGGGAGAGCGGUCACAACCACCGCGUCGGCUUUCGCAACAAAGAGAAUCGAUUCGCCGGAUUUACCCAUGGCAUGAAGCCCCUGUCCCUCGAAGAAGAGGAACGCAUCAUCAAAGAAGCUAGGAAAAAGUGGAAGACGAUCCAGGAUAAGCAGGACAAAGGCGACCUGGUCAACUGGCGCGACAUUGUCGGAGGUCUGCACGACUUCCACCUCGUCCAUCCGGAACAGCGACCCCACGGUUGGCGGUACGUCUUGGAGGCGCAGGAGGACUGGGUCAAGUUUGGUCAGCCCUGGCCGGCCAACGCGAAGCUGGUGGAGCAGGCCAAGAAGGACCUGGCGGAAAAGGAAAAGGAAAAGGGCAAGACGGGGACCGGCGACGGCAGCGAGAAGGGGAGCGAUAGCGGAUACGACGACAAAGAUAGCAGCGGCGACGAAGCGUCUCGGGCUAAACGCACGCCAGCCAUCGAGGCGUUGUGGAGGGAAAAGGAGUACAUUUCCAACCUAGGCUUGGACAACGGCCUGCAUGACUCUCCGCUCGCCGACGCGGGAAAGGACCGCGACCCCGCGCCCGAGGCUCUUCUCGACGCCGGCUUAAUCACCCCCAACGAGCUGCACUACGUACGCAACCACGGCGCGGUACCGCGCAUCCUCUGGGAGUUCCACCAGCUCGACAUCCAAGUCGACGGCGGGGCCAAGAUGGUGCUGUCCAUGGACGACCUCGUGAGCCAGUUCCGCACCAUCAACAUCCCCGUCCUUCUCGGGUGCGACGGCAACCGCCGCGGGGAGAUGAACCGCAUCAGAAAGUCCAAGGGUUUCACCUGGGGCCCUGCCGGCGUGAGCUGCGCUUACUGGAGGGGCCCUUUGCUCAGGGACGUGCUUCUCGAGGCCGGGCAGCCGGACCCGUUCGGCCCCGACGCCGACCCCAACUCGGAACGAAAGCUGUGGAUGAACAACGAGCCCCUACCCGCGGACCACGGCUACCCCGUGCGCGUCGUCAUCCCCGGGUUCGUGGGCGGCCGGUGCGUCAAGUGGCUCAGCAAAAUCUGGGUCAGCGACCGGGAAAACGAGAGCUACUACCACAUCUUCGACAACCGCGUGCUGCCGAGCCACAUCACCGACAACGGGAGCGACGAGGCAAAAGCCAUGUACCACAACCCGGACACGGCGUGCAACGAGCAGGUGCUCAACUCCGUCAUCGCCAAGCCCGCGCACGGCGAGCGGCUCCCGCUCAAGAGCCUCCGCCGGGGCGACACCUACCGCGUCGAGGGCUUCGCCUUUAGCGGCGGCGGCCACGCCGUGCAGCGCGUCGAGCUCUCCCUCGACGGGGGCGAGACGUGGCGCUACUGCGAGCGGCGGUUCCCCGACCGACCCCUCAGGCACGGGCGCAAGGCCUGGGCCUGGGUGUUUUGGCACGCGGACGUGCCCGUGUCCGAGCUCGCGGGCGCCCACGCGCUGGCCGUGCGCGCCUGGAACGCGCUCAAGUGCACGCAGCCCGAGAGGCCGACGUGGAACAUCAUGGGCAUGAUGAACAACUGCUGGUACCAGGUCAAGCCCGAGAUCACGAGCAGCGACGACGCCGAGGAGCCGUACGUGCUCUUUCGCCACCCCGUCGAGCUCGAGUCCAAGGAGCCCGGUUGGAUGCGGUCGAGCGCCGAGAGCCGCGUGGAGGCGGCCAAGAUCGCGCCCGCCGACGACCAGAAGCGCAUCACGCGCCAGGAGGUGGAGAAGCAUGAUAAGCAAAACGACUGCUGGAUCGUGGUCGAGGGCAACGUCUACGAUGCCACGUCGGUGCUGUCGUGGCACCCCGGUGGCAAGGCGACUAUUCUCUCGCACGGCGGCAAGGUGCACCAGGAAACGACGGACGAGUUUGACACUAUCCACGAUAAUUUUGCGCGCAAAAAGCUGCAGGAAUGCCUCGUUGAGAUCAGCGGGGACACCAGAGCGUACACGUUCCAGCUCCCGGAAGGCAAGAUGAAGCUGGGGAUGAACACGUGCCAGCACGUCGAGGUCGGGUUCCACCUGCUGGACAAGAUGGUGACGAGGCAGUACACGCCCACCCGACCGUUCCUACCGGCGCCGGACGGCGUCUACAGCAAGGGCCACGACCUCGGCCGGGACUACGACGGCAAUGGCACGUUUGAGCUGACGGUCAAGACGUAUUUCCCCAACGAGAACCAGCCGGGCGGCGCCAUGUCCAACAUCCUCGACCUCAUCCCCGUGGGCGAGGAGAUUGAGAUCCGCGGACCGCUUGGCGAGAUCGAGUACCACGGACACGGGCAUGACAAGACCGAGAUCCGCCUCGUGGAUGCGAAUAAUACCGAGUCGGACAUACUCAUGCGCGAGGAACUCGAACGGUUCCAGGAGAAGAGUGGUGGCAAGUUCAAGUUGGCGUACGUCCUCUCAAAGGCCAGCGAGGAGUGGGCGGGUUACAAGAGCUAUAUCAAUGGUGAUAUCAUCCGCGAGAACCUCUUUGCCCCAGAUAAGGAUAGCAUCGUCAUUGUGUGCGGGCCGCCGGCGAUGAUUGCCAAGGCGGUCUUGCCAGCACUAACAGAAUGGGGCUACGUUGAAGAGCAGAAUCUUUAUGGAUUCUAA